UAGGCUUCAUACAUCCGCCAUCUUUUUUCUCUGUAGCGUCGAGGAGACUGUCGCCACAUAAACGCUCGAUUUUGUGUAUUUUACGGUAGAUUUUGUCAAGAAAAAAGAAGUAUUCAAUUUAAAUGGAGUAUAGGCUUUGGGAUUUUUGGCGUUACGGUUGAAGGACUUGCUGAACUGAUCGUUCAAUGUUCGGGUUUCGAGAGGCGAAAACGAUGCCCGUACAGCAAAUUGUCGUUAACCCAGUGACUCUGCAGCAGACAAACAACAAAGACAGAAAAGUAAGUUACUACAUAAGUAAGAACAUUUUAGAGCUUAAAUCUAUCCUAUAAAGAUUAAUUCUCUGAUAAUUUAGCGGAGAAAGUUGGCUUCAACUCUUUUCUUUACGCCUUUCGCGUUGUGUUUAUCCAAUUGCUAAAUAGGUCACUUGGAUAGGUCGGGUGAAAUCGGCAGUAAACAUGGCUCUUUUUUAAGCCACGGUUGGCAAAAAAUGUGAUAGACUGAAAAGCCAUGACGAGAGUUCGGCAAAUGAGAAGAUUACAAAGUUAUUUCGCUUUCCUGUGUGGUAUUACUGUUUUACUUAGAAUUAAUACGAUGCUGCAAUCAUUUUCACAGCAAGCUUACGUGCGUGAUGAAAAAUACUUUGUUCGCUUCUCAAUAUUUAAGAACUUUGACUUGUGUCGUCGAGUUAUCUAUGUCCGACUGAAAGUAUUUUUCUGUCGGUUAUUGCUGCUGUCAUCGUACUCAUAGAAUUUAAGCGCCUUGUUUGCAACCAAAUUCCACACGAAACAUUUCACGAGUGUAAAGUUACACAAGCUCGCCGGAGCGCUGUUUGAUUUUAUGAAAAUGUAAAUGAUUUCUCGCAGAAUGGGGUUGAUUAGCUCUGGAUGUUCGACUUCUAAACCUCCAAGUAAACUAGAAGAAUUGCUUUAUCGGCGAAAACAUUUUGGUAGGAAUUCUGAGGAGCUGUGGUAAAAUCACGGUUUAGGUUUAGGUAAGAUUUCGAAGGUUUGCAGACAGUUGCGACCCAACUGCCUUUCGUGUGAUGGACAGCUAUGAAGUUUUUCUUGUUUUUCAUAAUACAGGGUUUGAUACGGACUUUGAUUAAGUAGUCUAGCAAAGGUUUGUUAUUUUAGAUGUAGCAUUUCUCUCGAUGGAUAUCGGUAUACUUUUUAUCCGAAUUUUUACUUGUUCAGAUCAAGUAUUCCUUGUUAUAUCGUACAAAGUCUGCAGCAGAUCACGCGUAAUGAUAGUCAGAUAGUUUCGUAGGUCAAUGCGUUUUGUUGAAGUUAUCAACCAAGACAUUAUUUUUAAACGUGUUAUUUUUAUGAUUUUCAAGGCCACACAAUGGUGCAAACAAGGUAGAUUUUUUCCCAUACCGUAGAGUUUAUCCGUUUCUCAAUUACAUGUAUGGUUUCUUACAAUGACUCUUUGAAGGCAAGUUGUAUGAAUUCAAAGGAAGAACAAUCCAACCUGGAAAUUUUGCGAUGAAGGAGCAAUAUUUUCGUAUCGAAGCUCCCAUCGCACAGUUAAUGCGAUUCUGAAGAUAAUCGAGGCUUUCUUCUCUAUUAGUUUAACUCGUCGUGCUUGCCUGUAUUUAUUAUCUUUUUAGCCAUGCAUGUACCCAACUUUUACCAAAUCUUGGGAACCAUUUUAUGAUUCUUACCACAUAGUGAACAUCAGAUGGCAAUGUGUUUUAUCCUUGACCUUAAAUCAAAUGGGGUGGGGGUAUUUAGCAAUGCAGCACAGGUUUUAGCACUGCAGUUGCUCUUUGGUACUUUCAUUUGAGAAUUUAAGAGAUUAAUUUGUUCUUUUAGUAACUAAAGCUGAGAAUGCUCUUUUGAGCCAGUUUACUGUAGAAAUGAGUAACUGGUCAUGUUCUCAGUGUUACAAAAUUUUUCACCGUUUUGCAUCCAAAAUCCUUGCACAAACUCUGCAGAUUAAUAAAUAGAGCACUCUGAGGUGAUUAGAAUAACCUACAGACAUGAUUUGCUUAUUAAUUUGUUAUGAAUAGAUUCCAUGUUGCUGUGUCGUCUGAUCAGUAAUAGUUUGUAGAUGGCAUCAGAAUUUGGUGAGAGUAAAAUAGUGGCACUGAUGUCCUUAUCACAUUUUGACAUCAUCUGUGAUCUAUUAUUUUACAAACUCAUGUCAACAAAUAAUUUAUUUGUUUUACACCGUAAAGAAGCAAAUUGUGGCUAAAAGUGAUGUCAACAUGCAUCUGUCUUUAAAUAGACUGCAAGUAAGAACUGAUCAAAGUGCGUUUGUAAUUCAGCCUAUUUUUAAAAAAAUUAUCUUAAUACAAGCUGAAUUGUACAAAUAUAUAUUGUAUGUAGCGGUAAUAUUCCUUUUAAAAAGAUUGGUUUGCUCUAUACACAAAAGCAUAAAUCUUAAUGUUAUCAAGAUAUGUAAACCUGUAGAAAUGUUUUGAAUGCAUGAUUGUUCUAGCUUGGCCUGAUAUGGGGCAUAUGUAGGUCAUGCUGUGAGAAUGUACACCAGGCUCUUUCAAUCUUUAAGCUGCAUAUUCUGCAUGUAUAUUGAUCUUUAUAAGUAUUGUAUUUCAUCAUAUUUGACAGGCAAUAACCUUUUUUGUGGUAAUAAGAGAUACAGUAUGGGGUAAUAAGAGAUACAGUAUGCAGUAAAGUUUUAUUUUAGCAAGGUUGGAUGAAUUGCUGUAAAGUAAGGGCUGUUGUUCUUGGCAAAAGCACCAUCACUAACUUGUUUUGAUGUGCAUUCAAAGGAUGACAACCAAGUGAGCAAAUUGGAAAUGUGAUUAUAGUUUUUAGUAUUUAGUACUUUCCUGACUCAGCUGGUUUUGGUAAGAACAGCCACCAGCCCCAUUAGGGUUAAAUGAUACUGAUUUAUCAGCAAAUGUAUCCAAGGAGGGAUUAAUGUACAUGUACAAUUUAAAGUUACAUGUAUUCAAGGCCACUUGUUUACGAAUUAGAUCAUCAAUGUUUAGAUUUGGUACAUGUCUGCACAAUAAAUUUUAUUUUGCUUUAUUUUUGGUAGAUUGUCAUUUCCAUUUUAUGUUAAUUCAUGUGUUAACUGCAUAUUAUUCUUACAACUUAUCACAAAAGAAAUUUCAGUGAACAUUAGAAUCAAUGACCCAGGCUAGAGUUAUACACAUGUUGCCAUGAAAACCAUGGAUGACAAUUUUUUAGUUGGAACUUUAAUUCUGGUUAGGUUUAGAUUGAAAGCCUUUUGCACUUUUAACAUGUAGCACUUUUUGUUUAUUCGCCUGGUCUGGACAUAGGUCAUAUACUGUUACACCUUGUUAUGACAUGCAAUGCUAGUACAGAAACAAAGGUUACAACUCUUAUUUUAUUGUGAAAAUCACCUUGGUGCAUGCACAAGCACAAGGAUCAAAAAAUGUUUCCUUCAUCUUGACCUUGCACUUCUGCUUGCUCUGAGGUUGUUUUCAUGGUGAUAAUGGAAAUGUCAUGCUUGGCCGGUUAGUGAAAACCAGGCUUUAAUAAUACACUCAUCACAUCACUUUUUUCUUUCUUUUCACAUCAGUUCAUUGCCUUUAGAUGAAACUUGAACUUUCUGAUCUAUUUAUAUUACUGGACAGUGCUGCAAGCUGCAACUUUUCUGGUUGAUAUGGCAAGUACACUUUGGGGGAAAAUUUUGGCAUCUAAAUUUUGACUUAGAGACCACUCAUUUUUCACUGCUGCAGGGUGGGUGGGUGGGUGGGUUGAAUGAUUUUUGCACCAGAUGAUCACAUGGUUCUCAGGGGGAACAGAGAAGGGAUCAGUCAUCACUGACAGAGUGUAAAGGGGGACUAUAUUGAAAAUUUUUGGCUUGUAAAUUUUCAAAGAAAGUUGCUAAACUGGCAAGUCAAAACGUUCCUUAUACCUACUUUAUGUUUACAAGUUACCUGACUGGCUAGUAGAAUUUGCGGAGGAAGUACAGGUUUAUGUCCAAUAAGGGAAUUGGAAAGUUAGUUUUUACUGUUGUUUCUUGAACUGCAGAAUAAGGUAAAUUCAGGUUUUGGUGUGUACAUAAUAUAUAAAAAGGAGGAAUGCAUUUUGAUUUGGGAAGAGGUUCAUGCAAUCUAUGUACAUGUGUUUGGUUAUUACAAUGUGUAUUUUAAAUACACCAUUGAAUGCAAAAGCCAUGGCUAAUGACAAUACAUUUAAGUGUACAGUAGAUGGACUUGAUGUCUUAGUGAAAUUAUAAGAGCUUCUAAUGUAAACAGCACCUCCUAAUAAUCAUAUACUCUACUGUUGUAAUUUUGUGUUGCAAUUCAAUGAUGUUUUCAUAAAUUUAAACUCAACAAGUAGCAUUUGGAUUUGUUUCUACAUGUACAAGUAUGAUUGGACUUUGUGUAAAGUACAGUACAUAUUUAACAACUUAAAUGACACAACUUGUUUGAUUCAAUCUUGUUACUUUUGGAAAAUUGAUUGCAUUUAACCAUUUAAAGGAAAUACAUGUAAUACUCAAGAAUUAAUUGUUGUUGCCUGCUACAAGAUCUAGAAUAUGUUUUAAAUUCUUCAUGAUACAAUGUAUUAAGUGGAAGCCAUUUACCAAUACUUUUGAAUUUACUGAUAACUUACCAUUAUGCAGACCUUAGUUAAAAUUUACUAUGAAGUUAAAUUUGGGCUUGCUUGUCAGAGCUCUGGACUACAUGUACACUGUGCAUGUUGUAAUCUUAGAAGUAGCUUGCCUGAAGGGUAAGGAAAUUUGUUUUAUUUUCAUCUCACCAUGUGUAUUUUGUCUUUGCAGAAUUUGAAACCAAAGUCACCAGAGGGGCAAAUAACAACAUCAAUUACGGAAAACAGUAACGACAAACCAAAAGCACCCCCAAAGAAAAGCAUCUCGAUGACCUCAGUGGUUUCAUCAGCAGAGAUUUGCAGAAUAUGUCACUGUGAGGCAGAACCUGACCAACCUCUGAUCUCUCCAUGUUUGUGUGCUGGGUCUUUGCAGUACGUUCAUCAGAGUUGCCUCCAGAGAUGGAUCAAAAGCUCAGACACCAAGAAAUGUGAACUCUGUAAAUAUGAGUUCCGCAUGGAAUCAAAAAUGAAGCCCAUAACCAAGGUUAGUUGCUGAGUGCACAAGUUUAAAAAAAGAACUAUAUGGGUAGAAGACAAUGUACAUGUACACUGUACAUUAAUUCACUGUAAACCACUGUAUGCUGGUACACAUAUUUGACAAUUUUUGCAUUCUAUGCUUUGGAAUGUUGCUUUGAUGUGAGAAACCUAGUUCAUCUCUAAGGGAGGGUUAGUUAAACAGAGUUAAGCUGUUGUUUAACAAAACCCUGUGCUUGAAUUUUAGGUAAAUCUUUUAUCUGAAAAUUUAUUUUUGUGAAUGUAGUGACAACAGGGCUGAAAGCUAGGGGUGGAAGGACAUUUAUUUCAUGAAAAAAACCCUCUUAUAGAGAAUAAGGAAGGCCCACUGCUUGCAUAAAACCGCAGUUUGGUUUAGAUUCUGGUAGUAAAUGGCCUCUAAUGUUUGCAAACAGCAUAAAAAAAUCAAAUAGUUUAGUUUGGAAAAACGGUUUGUUUUUUGGGAUAGAUUCAACUCCAGGUGUCACUUUCUGUUUCCCUUCUCUGUUAUUCCUGUGUCUUUAUCUCAUUUUUCCCCAAUAUCAGAGUAAACAUGUGCAUUGAAGUAUUUUAAAACUCUCUUUAUUUUAAAACAGUGGAAAGCUCUUGAUAUGACAAGAAGUGAGCGUCGCAAGAUCCUCUGCUCAGUUUCAUUUCAUGUGAUUGCCAUCACAUGUGUGGUGUGGUCACUGUGGGUUCUUAUUGAGCGCACUGCUGAGGAAAUCAGGGAAGGGCAGUUGGAUUGGCCUUUUUGGACCAAACUGGUGGUGGUAGCUAUUGGUUUCACUGGAGGAUUGGUUUUUAUGUAUGUCCAAUGUAAAGUGUACGUCCAACUCUGGAGGCGCCUGAGAGCAUUUAACCGUAUAAUCUUAGUCAAGGAUGUCCCACAAGAAGGCCCUGAGAAUAUCUAGCCAAGGGCCCCUCUUUGCUGUAAAUAGAUGUCAUAGUGCUGAGUCCAAGGUGAGGUUUCUGUUUUGAGCAGAAUAACUCUCUCUUGUGCUAUGGAGUUUAUGUGGAUGUUGGGCCAUAUAGAUAUUUCAGUAGUGUGUGACAGGCUCUCUCAGCUGCAGAAAAUCUGACAAGGGAUCAACAAGUUUUGUGACCCCAAGUAGUCCACAGAACUCUUCAAAGUGUGAUAUGAUGAUGCUCUGCUCUCUCCAAAAUUGUGACUGCACAGUAUAAGUGUCUUGUCGCACAUAGGCCAGCAGUCUUUCUGAACUUUUGGGGGUCCCCAACUGCUGAAGCGAAUGUAUACAAUGUAGCAAUCACUGAAUAGUGUUUAGUUAGUUAGAUGGAAAUAAUUGGUCAUACAGUCUUCAGAAAAAUCUUAGUUGAAAGAGUGGGUAAAUUACUUUAAACAUGACUCUAACAAAUUGUUUUAAAAUCUCAGUACAGGAAAAGUGCCUGUAGGGGAUAAGUAAUGUACUGCAAGUAAACUUGUUGGAAAAAAUUAUAGUCACAUGCAUACAGAGAAAUUUUUAGUUACAUUUUUUUUUUGUAACAUGUGUUGUAAUGACAAAUGAAAGGGUGCUUCAUCUUAGCAAGGAGUUGUAACUAGGUAACAAAAUUGUGUCUAGCAUUCUCUUUGAAUUACAUGUACAUUAUGUAUUAUCAUGAUAAUUAUUGUAAUAUUAUCAGUAAACCACUGUCCAUUCAUGAAUUGAAGCACAGAAUUAUUUUAGUUCUUGACAUAUUUGGCAUUAGAAUUCACUACGUACCAUAAAUCAUGAGCUACAUGUAUGCAUGGUAAUGUUUACGGGUUUACAGUACUGCUCAGAUAUAUUUUAACUCAGCAGAUGCAUUUUGUAUGCUCAGAGGCAGGGUCUUCAGAUGCACGUACCUCGCUAGUGGCUUUAGAGUAUGUACAGGUAGAUGUCUAAAACAACUUGUGUCUCAAACUAAAGACAUCAAGAAUUUCAUUUUUCUCGAAAAAUAUGCUAGUGGCUUUUGAGUACAUAUAGGUAGAUGUUGAAAACAACUUGUGUCUCAAACUGAAGACAUCAAGAAUUUCAUUUUUCAAGAAAAACGUACUCUUAAGUCACAAAAAAAUUCAAAUCAAUUCAUCAUUGUGAAGGCUGAUUGUGGGAAAAAUUUGUAACAAUGCAUAUGCAGAUAAUUCAACCUGUAAAGUGUACAGGAUGUUUUUGAAUAUAUCAGUCAAAGUGUUGAAGGGCAUCACAACAUCAUCAAACAAUGAUUUGGAGACUUGUGCUCAAGAGGUAACUAAAUCCUACUGGAUAGAGCAGAGAUACAGUAGGAUUACAGUAGGGGAGAGACUUUGGUCACUGAAGGUGAUAUUUGUAUAACUUAUCUCACCUGUCUGUGCUCUUGUCACAUAGUUUUCUUCAUUUUCUGUUUAAAAAAAAUUAAAUUCUUACCUGGUAUGAAACUGGGUAAUUUUGUUGUUUUGCCACAAAAAAAAUAUAAUAAAAAUAAACUGUAAGUUCUUAACUGAUAUUGAAGCCAGUUUUUUUUUUCUUUUCUUCAUUUUCAAUCGUUAAAAGCAGAUUUUUUUGUACAGCGUAUUGAAUAAAGCACAUGUAAGCUGUUUACUGUUGAAUGAAAUAUCCAUUUUAAGUGAAUGUAAAGAAUUAACCAUCCAAAUUGAGACAGGAUGUUGUCUGGUACUUGAUUGUCUGUGUUGUGGAAGUCACCCUAGGGGCAAACAGUUUCUUCUUUUACAAUGAUUUUCAUUUAUCCUUCCACUUGGAGAUAUCUAGCUGGUGUUAUCUUGGUGUAACACGAAAUUCUUAAAACAGAUUAACAAGGAAAUGUACAUCAGCUGAAUAGGGGAAUUUAAGAGAAUCACAAGUCAGUCAUUAGUUGUCAGGGCAGAGCUGACUAACGUUUGCGCAUGGCUCGAACUUUCGUGGGCUUACGUGUAAAACCAUAGCAAUACCAGUAAAGCGGUGGAAUUCUU